CCCAAUUUUCAGGGUGUUCUGCAGCAGGGGUCCUAAAGCCCUAGUUCAAGCCCUUCGCUGAUCAACCAUUUCAGGGUCUCUGAGGAAGGGUUUAUGUUCGACAGUUGAUUGUGAAACCUGAGUGCCCAUUUCACAUUGUAAGUCGUAAUCGGAGCGUUGGAGGAAUUGAAGGUGAGAAGCUAUGGCUUGUGCGAGUCGGCACAUGGCCAGGUCCUUCUUGUCUAGCGCAAGAGCGGUGGUGCGUUCUUGUGGCAACAAGACCGCCAGUGCUGGUGCUGAAAUCGGUGCAUCAGCCAAAGGAGGAGCUGCCGCGCCUCGAUCUGCUGCAGCCCCGAGCUCCACGUCGCCCAAGUCCUUUUUCAUGGAGUCUCGCAGACCCGGGGCUUUCUUUACUAGGCUACCGGGAGAAGUGGCAUGUAUACAAUCUCUGCUGCCCUUGCACAAUGCAACAGCCUCAGCGCGAAUGGUUUCUCAACUCCGCAUCUCAGCUGGCGCCCUCCUCCAGGACAUGCGUGAUGGCACGUAACGAAGGCUGGGAUUCCACCACAACUGAGGAAUGUGGAUUAUUGACGAUGCUUGACCAUCUGGAUCUAAACCAGGUGCGGUCUUUGUCUCUGACACUCCGUCUUAAGCAUCCUUUCAUGGCUUCUCAGUGUUGAAAGUUGGUGAAGCUCGAGAUACAUUUGUCCAAGUUCGCUAAACUGCACAUCAAGAUUCCAGUAAAAACAUUUUUUUCCAAAUAUUUCUGGUUUCAAAUUUGCUUUCAAGGAAUUUGUGUGCGCUAUAUCUCUCGACCGCUAUCUGCGUUUCACAUUCUUCAUUGCUCAAUACUUGGCUAAUUAUUCCAUAUGUGCGUAUCUUAGCAAUUUGAGUUUAAUGGGAAAUCUUGCUGACU